UCCAUUCAGCCUUCCAUUGAGACGCUGGAUAAGAUCCUGAGAGAUCCUUACUGUACAGCCGUUUAGGAGAUUAUGGACUAUUUACCCUUCUGAAACUGAAGUAAGAAUUCAGAACACUUGCAGUAACAAUUUGCAACUGAGACACAAAAUGAAGAUCUCUCCUUUGGCUGUGUUGAGCUGCGCACUGUUUGUCCUCACCUUCCAGGUCACCGUUACAGAUGAAGCAAACUUACCAUCAAUGGGAUAUUAUGCAGAGCUAGUACUUGAUGGAAAUGUAGCUGACAGUGUGUCAUCCAACAUACAAUCAAAUACCUCUAUUACCCUGACUGGUGAUGCAAAUAAUGCCACAAUAAAUAACGUUAGCAUCACUACAGAUUGCCGUGUCAUUGGCCAAGAAGCAGAAUGUAGGUGUCAACAAAGCUAUGUUUGGAGUGGCUCUGUAUGCACAUCGCACCCGCAAUGCUGUUUGAACGAAACAGUCUGCAAAAUGAUUGUAUCAAAUAACACAUCCAUGUGUGUACCUAAGAAAAGGGUAACUGUGAGGGGAACACUUACUAUAACUGACACAUUUACAGAAGAUCUUAAUGACAUUAAGAGUGUUGCCUACACAAACCUUGCAAAAAAGAUUGAAGACCAGGUAUGUAUAAUACACCUGUAUACCACAAUGCACUUGCAAUUAUAGAUGUUUAGAACGACUUUUGGCAGAGUGGAGCAUUUGUUAUUAA